AUCAGUGUGGCCCCAUCAGUGCCACCUGUCAAUGUCCAUCAAUGCCAACUGUCAGUGCACAUCAAUGCCACAUAUCAGUGCCUACCAGUGCACAUCAAUGCCACAUAUCAGUGCCCAUCUGAGCUGCCUUUCAGAGCCAACUAUCAGUGCCAGUCAGUGCCGCCUAUGAGUGCUCACAAUCAGUGCCACCUAUCAAUGCCAGUCAGUGCCACCUAUCAGUGCCAGUCAGUGCCACCUAUCAGUGCCCGCCAGUGCCACCUAACAGUUCCAGCAGUGCUGCCUAUCAGUGCCAGUCAGUGCUGCCUAUCA